UCCUUUUCUCUCUUCCCCUUUAUCUUCAACUCUCUCUCUCUCUCUUAGAACUUUAUAUUCCUAAGAUUUCUCUAUGCACUGUCUUCUAAACAUCACCAUUGUUUUUUUUUUUUGCUCAGUACACCACCAUUGUCUGAUUCACAACUAAAAUACAUUUAGGUCUCUACCUAAACCCAGAAAAACCUCUCAUUAGUUAUGAUGGCUAAAGGGGCUUCUAAUUGCCUCUUCUUAUCCCUUUUGUUUCUUCUUAUUAUCUGCUCUUCUGGAACUCUAGUUGGCUUCUCCUACCAUGCAAGAGGAAAAACUGCAGCUCCUUCAACUAGAAGAACCAUGUCAUUCCUCCAGAUGAACAAGGUGUCCCCAUCUCAGAUUCGAGUAUUUGUAGCAGAUCAUAAGGUACUGAGUCCUCUGUCCAACUCUGGUGUGUCUGUUGAUCUCUACUUAAAUGAGAGCUUAGUUGAGAAUUUGAGAAGCUCCAACUUAUCUGCUAUCUCAUGGCUGAAAACCCACCUGCUUGCCCUUCUCCCACAUGUGGACAUCAAAAGCAUUGUUGUAACCAGAAUCAAUGAUGAUUUUCGAGGGCAAACUGAGUUAAUUAAGCUGUUAUCCACCUUGAAAUCAAUUCAUUCGCUCCUCAGUAGUUUUAACCUUCACAGAGAAGUAAAGGUGUCAGUAGCAUUUUCAUCAUCAUUCUUACAAAAUAUAAAGAGCAAGACAUUCGAAAGAGAUCUGCGUAGGAUUUUUGGUUUUAUCAAGAAAACUGGGUCCUCUGUCAUUGUAGAAGCCAUUGUUGAUGGAGAAAUGAGCAUGGGAGAUCAAUUUGUUCAGUCUGUGAUUGAAGGAGCCACUCUUGCUACUUCUGCUCUUCCUUACAACAGCGUUCCUAUACUUCUGACAAUGAAAAGCACUGCUGUUCCUAGCCCAACUGAAGCAGCUGAAUUUACGGCUAAGGUUGAACGAUGUUUAGCAAACAACAUUGAGAUUACAACUCGGGUAGCUGCAUUAUAUGCAGAAGUAUCAACAAUGGAAGAUUUUGUACAAAACAGACAUGAGGGGGAAGAAGAGAAGAUCUUUCUUUCUUCCCGUAGAGAACUCCUUAGUAGCGUCAAAGAAACAACACAUGACUUUAUCAUCCCACCGCCGACAACAGCCUUACCUACAGCUCCAAGUUCAACAUCACCAGUCUCCAUCCCUCCAAAUAAUCCCACACCAACAAUUGUCACUGUCCCCUCAACCAAUCCUAUUACGGUAACGCCCACAAAUCCUGCAGACACACCAGCGCCAAUUCCCACCACCACACCGGUCACAGUACCUUCCACAAAUCCCAACAAUCCGACGGUACCAAUCACCAAUCCAGUUACAACGCCAGCACCCAUCACAGUGCCAGGGGCACAGCCAGUGACUAACCCUGUAACAACUUAUCCCGCCCCAACAGGAGGUGUCCCAGUCAGCACACCAGUAACAAAUCCAGUGACCCCUCCUGCAACUACAAAUGCUCCUGCAAUUCCAGGACAGAGCUGGUGUGUGGCCAGGACUGGAGCAUCGGAGACUUCACUCCAGGCAGCGUUGGAUUAUGCCUGUGGAAUGGGAGGAGCUGACUGCUCUCAGAUCCAGCAAGGGGCCAACUGUUACAAUCCAAAUACUCCACAAAACCAUGCAUCCUAUGCUUUCAACAGCUAUUAUCAGAAGAACCCAGCGCCAACCAGCUGUGACUUCGGGGGGACAGCGACCAUAGUCAAUACCAAUCCAAGCAGUGGAUCUUGCAUUUACCCAUCUUCUGCAUCACAAUCAACUCCAACUGCAACACCAGCAACAAGUUCAUCCACAGCAGGGGCAGGCGUACCAGGCUCCGUCACCCCACCUUCUGUGUUAAAUUCAAGUACCCCUGGCUCAGCUACCACAACUGUUUUUGGUUCCGAUACACCUCCCAGUGUCAACACAUCAACAUCCAUGUCAGCUGGUUUACAACCUUUUAUGAGCUGCUUCAUUCUGCUGACAUCCUCUGUUGCUGGAGUAAUCUUCCUAGACGUGUAGAAUUGAGCACCUAGCCAUGUACAUAAACAGGUCAGAAAGCUCAUGCUUCAAGCUGUUUACAAAUCAUCUUUCUGGGGAAAAGAAACAGGACUUGAGUUCCAAAGUGACCGAUCAUAGCAAGCCGGGUCCUGUUGAAGAUGUUCACCGCCCUACAUAAGCUGCUCAAGAUGUAGAGAUGUUUCUUGCUCAUGGAAUAAAGCAAUUUUCACAUGGAACAUACAAGUUAUUAAGUUUAGUGUUAGGGGCUGUUUAGGGAAACUACAGUUGCAGGCAUGUGGAAUGGGUACUGACGAUCUUGUAUAUCUUUAUCAAGUAGAAUUUGUAGAUUUGAGAAGGAUGCUUGAUCAAAUUAUUAGAAAUCUCAACACCAGAUGGCAUUAGUAGCUGAAAUAGUAUAGUACCCUUAAGGUAUAACCAUAUUGAGUGCAAACGAGGCCAUUAAAAUCCA